ACACUGCAAUUUCCUGCUUGUGGGAGAAAUUUCUUUUGUGGUUAUCACAAAUGGCGUAAACUUGGAAGGAUUACAUGUAUGAAAGGAGUCAUCGGCAUUUGCUUGAGAAUAGUUCAGCGCGGGUCAUGGAGCGCUAAUAAGAAGGUCCGAUCAAGUCUUCGAUCGUCCACCGCUUCGGGGAAAAAACGUGGUUCCGUCUCUUUUGCUGCCGGAACGAAAUUCUAUCCCAUUCAAAGCCAUACUAAUCCGCUAAACUGGACAAUAUUACGGAACGUGGGCUCCUUGUCAACAAUGUCAGAAACUUGGAAAGCGCAGCGAUCUUCGUUGAAAAUCUCACUGACCACAGAUGAUGGGGAAGAAGUGACAGAGGGGGACAGCUUUCCGAGGAAGCGUGAGCGCACGAAGUACUCUUCCCAAGGCGAAGACUCAGUUGAGAGAUCUGAUGGAGACAAACUAACACUCCCAGUUCCCACACGGCGAGGGUCCUUCCUUUAUAAAUCUGACAGUGAGUUUGAGUUAGCAUCCAAAUGUGUAACUUCAAGGCAUCACUCUUUCAGUGAAGGAACUCGUGUAGAAGAGCUGGUUACUCCUUUUGCACAGAUUCUCUCAAGUUUAAGAAAUGUCAGAAACAAUUUCAUGUCACUGACCAAUGCUAAAAAGGAAAAGAGGAGAGGGUCUGUUGGAUCACAUAUUUUACGAAACAACAAUUUAGCCCAAGAUGUGCUCAAUGGCUCAGGAAUGUCUUCAGGUUCUCUUCAUUUACCAAGAGAUGAUGGCUAUCAAAAGUUGGCCAAUAAUACCCUGGACGAGCUGGAUUGGGUGUUGUAUCAACUGGAAACAUUACAAACACACACGUCCGUCAGUGAAAUGGCGUCUAAUAAGUUUAAGAGACUGUUAAAUAGAGAAUUGAAAGACUUUUCCGAAAGCAACCAGUCUGGAAACCAGGUGUCGGCCUGGGUCUAUAACACAUUUACAGAUAAACAGUUAGAGGUGGAUGCUCUGCCUGGUACAAAGUCAAAAAGAGAAGGGAUUCGAGCAAGGUCUCGUUCCAUGGUAAACGGCGUUCGAAAGCUUACAAGACUACACAGCUUUAGUGGCUCUGUACCCAGAUUUGGAGUGGAAGUAGCCAAUGAGGGCGAAUUAGCGAAGGUCUUAGAAGAAAUCAACAAAUGGACAUUUGAUGUGUUCAAAUUGCAUGACCUUACACAAGGGCAUCCUUUGCUUGCUGUUACAUACACAAUCCUGCAGGCCAGAGAUUUAUUAAAAAUAUUCAAGAUAAAACCCACUACGUUUAUUAACUAUAUGUCGUCAGUCGAGAAUCAUUAUUUAAAAGAUGUCCCCUUCCAUAACUGCACUCACGCGGCGGAUGUCACGCAAACGUCACACACUCUCUUAUCAGCUCAAGCUUUCGAAUCCGUCUUUACUGAUCUUGAAGUCCUCGCCGCCAUCUUAGCCAGUGCCGUCCAUGAUGUGGACCACCCAGGAGUCAAUAAUCAUUUCCUAGUGGCAACAAAUUCUGAAAUGGCGCUGAUGUACAAUGACGAAUCUGUUCUUGAAAAUCACCACUUGGCCGUGGCCUUUCAACUUUUACAACACGAAGACUGUGAUAUCUUUGAAAAUCUUACGAAAAAGGAAAGACAAACAGUUCGGAGAACAAUUAUUGAAAUGGUACUCGCGACUGACAACGCAAAGCACAUGAGUCUUUUAGCCUCUCUAAAGACCAUGGUCGAAAGCAAGAAGGUGGCUGGCAGUGGAGUGCUGUGUUUAGACAACGCCACUGACAGAAUGCAGGUUCUCAAGUGCUUGGUACAUUGUGCUGAUCUUAGUAACCCCGCCAAGCCUCUUCCAAUGUAUAGAAAGUGGGUCGACAGACUAAUGGAGGAAUUCUUUAGACAGGGUGACAGAGAGCGAGACAUCGAGGGAAUGGAAAUCAGUCCAAUGAUGGACAGACACAACGCUUCUAUAGAGAAAUCCCAGGUGGUGUUUAUCGACUUUGUUAUCCAACCGCUCUGGGAAACCUGGGGCGACUUGGUACAUCCUGACGCCAUUGAGAUAUUAGAGCGUAUUGAGGACAAUAGGUACUGGUACAAUGCCCAGGUCCCCAAGCACGAACAGGAGAGGAAGCCUGGGGAACAUAGUUCAUCUGGCAGAGAGAAGCGAGUCAGUUGGCAGGGCACAAGGAAAGAAGCUAUCGACCAAUCAGAGCCUGAAACGUCUGAUGACGACUGCGAGAAAAGAUUACAGAGGUUAAGAGAAGUGGUUGCUGGAAAAACUCCAGACCUGACUAAGUAUGUGAGUAGCAGCCGUAGCUGUGAAGCGGACGAUGAAUUUGACGAUGAAGAAGAGAAAGGCGGAGAAAAAGAUACAGACCAGGUGGAUGAAGAGAAAGAAGACGAAGACGAGGAACCCGAAGAACAAGAUAGCCAGAAAGAAGGAGAUUAGAAUAAGGAACGAAGGAAAUACAUGGAAAAUUUCCGUUUGGAAGAAGCGAACGAUGGUUUCUUUCAAAUUUUAAGUGUGCAUUUUGCCCCAAGAAGCUUGGAAGGAAGAAAGUUAUAACGUGUAAGGGGAAGACUAAGGAUUAAAGAGUUUAUGAUUCAAUGGCACGAGUUUCCAAGAUGUACACACCGGACUUCAAGAAGCGUUCCUUUUUUGUCCUGAGAAAUGGUUGAAUAGUAUUCUGUUUUACUUGCUGUUUAAAACUUUACGUAAACGCACGAAUAGCGGCUGAAAAAUUAGAAUCUUCGCUCUGGUCCGCCUGCAAGCACUAAUGUUUUACAUUGACUUGAAUUAUUUUUGACCCUUACCUUGUCUUUGGCUUGUUCAGUAAAUCUGAACUGCGAUACAAGACUGCAAUCAUACAAGGAAAUGCGGAAUCUAUGAAGACGGAUUUGGAUAACUUCGUGUUUUGUGGAAUCAACAGAAGAGUGUGAAGUGAACGUUUUUCUUUUAAAGUCACGCGUACCAGCCUAGAAUCGAACUUCAGAUUGAGGAAGUUUAGCCAUCUUCGCUUGUACAACUCUGUUGAAACAUGAUUGCUAGGUUGCUGCGACUGGAUAAGGUGUCGAGUAUAUUAACAAGAGUUCAUUUUUCAUGGAAUACUCGGCACAAAAUAUAACUUUCUUGGGCGUCAUACCUCAAUCCAGGAGGAGGUCUUCCAAAAGACCCCUGAUAAGCGGGACGAACUGUUUGAUCGCUGCAUAUGGUUGACUAGAAAAAAUUUUUUUCUCUUGAACUUUCAAGUGCUUAUGUUGUAAUCUUGCACUGUUCAUCUAUGAAUGAAUUUCUUAAAAAAAAAAUCAACCGCUUCAGAGGUCGACGAGAAUUUUGUCCCAGUGAUGGGGCAAUCUCCAAUUUACUCCAGUUUGUUUAAGAAGUCUAUUUCCAAGAAGAAGUGGUCAAGGGGUACGGAAAAAAAAAGUUUUGGAGGAAAAUACUGGCAAGCUAACUGAUAAAUCCCCCGUGUCCUGCUCCUCUCGCCGGCCUUUAAAACUCACGGCUUAAAUUUUAACUUAUAUAUUGUAUUUAUUUUAUUUGUACAUAAGAAGAGGACACUAUUGUUAAAUAUUGGCUUUGUAUUUAACCCUUGUACGGACUUGAGGAGUGUAAUUAGAGGCCAAAAGGCAGAAACAUCUUAACGGGAAGAAUUCCGAUGUGAAUUGUAAUAUAAUGCUGUAAAAAUUGUGAAUAGCUAUUUCGCGCCGAAUAUGCCAGCAGAAAAAGACAAUGAUAAAAAAUAACUAAUAAAUUAGUGAAAACAUCUCUAACCCUUUUCACUUCCAAGAUACAGGAUCUGAUGAUUAUAAAUGUCUCCACUGACCGGUUCUGAUAAUUUGCGUGGUAUCGAGGCUGUAAGAAUUUGGUGUGGUAUCGAGGCUGUAAGGAUUUGGUGUGAUACCGAGGCUGUAACUGCUUAGUUGAUUAUUCGUUAAUUCUCAUAGCCCCUCUACUUGAUAGUGUGUCAUGAUUGUUAGAGGAUUUUCCUUUGUGAUCAUUUGUGGUGGUGAUAGGGACCUUCCUUUUUAUCAGCUAUGGGCUGAGUUGUGGACUUUGACUGCAUCGGCAAUGGUGGAAAGUUAUCUGAGAAAUUAGAUAGGAUCCUAAAAUGGCAAUGAUAAGUUCGUAAUAAAAAGCUACAAUUAAAGCG